AAAGAGAAAAGAAAAAAAAAAUGGUGGAGAGGCUGAGCAACAAAUGGGUGGCCACGGUGGCAAGCAUAUGGAUCCAGUGUAGCAGCGGUUCAUACACCUUCGGUGUCUACUCCUCAGUUCUUAAAUCAAGCCAAGGCUACGACCAAUCAAAGCUCGAAACCGUGGCUGUUUUCCGAGACAUAGGCUCAACCGCCGGGGUACUAUCUGGGGUACUAUACACCGCCGUAACACGCAAUAAUUACUCUGGUUUUUGUGGGCCAUGGUUGGUCCACCUGGCAGGAGCGAUCCAGGGCUUCUUUGGGUAUUUUCUGAUGUGGGCUUCUGUCGUUGGAUUAAUCCAACGGCCCAGGUUGCCGGUGAUGUGUCUGUUCAUGUUGUUGUCCAGUCAUUCUAUGACUUUCUUUAACACAGCCAACGUUGUUUCUGGUGUGCAAAACUUCCCUCAAUUUAGUGGGACCAUUGUGGGUAUCAUGAAGGGAUGUGCUGGUAUUAGUGGAGCAAUACUAAUUCAAGUAUAUGACACAUUCUACAAGGGCGAGCCAAACACAUUCCUUCUAAUGCUUGCUCUGUUUCCUACAUUCAUCUCCCUUGUGCUUAUGCUUUUGGUGAAAAUUUAUAAAACAAACACAGGUGAUGAAAAGAAGCACUUGAAUUGUUUCUCUGCAGUUGUUCUGAUAAUUGCUGGUUAUCUCAUGAUUAUAACAGUUUUGGAAAACAUCUUCAGUUUACCAUUAUGGGCACACAUUUUCAAGUUUAUACUUCUUUUGCUUCUACUUGCAUCACCUCUUGGAAUUGCAAUCCAAGCCCAGAAGGAUGAUUCCAAGAGACUUUUAGAGAUGUUUUCCUUUGAGAGUAAUCCUUCAAUGGAUAACCCUGAGUCAAUGGGCUCCUCGUCUAAGACUUUUUUAGCGAAGGAUCUAGCAUAUCAUGAACUACCUAGUGGUGAGGCUCAAGUUAAUGUUGCUUUAGAUCAUACAAUUCUGUUUGAUGAAGAGGGUGGUAUGAAUCUUUUGCAAGCAAUGUGCACUGUAAACUUCUGGUUGUUGUUUAUUGCAAUGGUAUGUGGAAUGGGCUCUACGCAGGCUGUGAUGAACAACUUGAGCCAAAUCGGACAAUCUCUCAAUUACACUACUGUGGAGACGAAUAAUUUGAUCUCUUUAUGGAGUAUAUGUAAUUGUCUUGGUCGUGUUGGAGUUGGGUAUUUAUCGGAUUAUUUACUACACACAAGAGGCUGGCCUAGACCAUUGUUCAUUGCUAUUACUCUAGCAACAAUAGUUAUUGGCCACCUUGUUACUGCUUCUGGAUUUCCUGGAAUGUUAUAUGUGGGUUCAAUUCUAAUGGGUAUUUGUGAUGGUUCGCAGUGGUCAUUAAUGCCUACAAUCACUUCGGACAUAUUUGGUGUUAGGCAUAUGGGUACUAUUUUCAACACUAUAGCCAUAGCAUGUCCUCUUGGAUCAUAUAUUUUCUCUGUCAGGGUUAUUGGCUAUAUUUACGAUAAGGAAGCAGGUGGUGAAGAUCACUCCUGCUUUGGUACACGUUGCUUUAUGUUAUCCUUUGUUAUCAUGGCAUCCUUGGCUUUCCUAGGAUUUCUUUUUGCCAUUGCAUUGUUCCAACGUACUAAGAGGUUCUAUAUGCUCAGCAGAUUAAAGCAUUCUUUAAAAUGA